AACCCAUGACAUGACAUUGACAUUUCGAAUUGUUUUGAUUUAGUUGGCGGCAAUUCGAUUUAACAACAGUUGAAUAGUUUUAUCGAGAAAUUAGAUUUAAUAUACAUUUCGAAGUGAAUAAUGAACAAUUCAACACCGUCUAAAAUACCGUUUGUUGCCGAGUACCUGCUGAAUCAAAUACAAAAUCGUGUUAACAAUAGUGAGGACAAACUACCAUCUAUGGAUUCUGGGAAGACACUGUGCAGUUUAUUGAAAGCCAUUCAGUUUCAAGAGACUGCAGUAUUCUGUGCUCUACCUGAGGGACUGAAACUGACCGUGGAAGAGGGCAAAUGUGUGCAAGCUUCAGCCUAUGUACCUUCAGAUAAUUUUACAGAGUACCAUGUGCGAGACGAUGUUGAUGUUAUGUUCAAGAUCAGCAUUGCGGUACUGGCAGAAUGUCUGAAUAUAUUUGGCUCAGGCGAGGAGUCCAGUUUGAAGAUGUACUACAGGGGAGAAGGGUCACCUCUACUUUUAGUGUUACAACCCCAAUCAGUGAACAAUGUCAUGACAGACUGUGAGAUAGCAACACAAACAGCAGACUCUGUAUUAGAACUUCGAGAUGAGGAUGCAGAGGAGAUUGCCAAGUUGGUGCUGAAGGCUCCUGCGUUCCUUGGUCUGCUGGCAGACUUGGAGCGAUCUUGUGAAGUCUUUGAAUUGAACCUCUCACCUGAGCAUCCAAAUGUCAGCAUUGUUACUUAUGGCAUGCAGGACAGGUCUUGCAUUGACAUGCCGAAGUCAUCAGAUAUGGUGCAAAGCUUCAGUUGUGAGUCCCCUGUCACUCUGAGGUAUCAGCUACAUCACAUACGGACUAUUAUGAAGGCACUAGCUAUAUCAACCAAGGUAGUCCUCAGAUGUAGCUCCAACGGCCUAAUGCUGCUGCAGUUGAAGCUGGAGAAGGAGGACCAGCGGCAGAUGUUCUCAGAGUUCUACAUAGUGCCGUUACUCGACGAUUGAGUUGGUUUAUAAGAAUAUUUCAUACCAAAACUAGCUGAACCCGCAACUUCGUCUGCGGUUUUCUAAAAUAAAAGUGGCCAUGUUACUCCUUAGCUGCCAAUAAAAGUUCUGUCGUCAAAAUCGGUUCACCCAUUUCAGAGAUUAGCCAGUAGGUACAAACAGACUAAAAUUCUAAAAAGUGUUAUUUUGGUAUAUGUAUCAUUUCGCAUGUUGUAAACAGCGGUUAUUCCAAUAUUUUCAAACAGAAACUUCCAAUUUUAUAUAAUUAUCUGUAUAGAUAAAACAGUUACGGAAAAUUACGUCUAUAAUUUUUCGAAGGUAUAGGCAAAAACAUACUAAGAAUGCACUGAGUUUUGACCAGUUAACAUCUUAAUCACAACAAACACUAGUUAACGCUUUAACUACCAAGUUUAAAAUGGUGAAAGUCAAACCUCUACUAGCGCCAGGCAUCGGUGACUGACGUGGCGCUCUAAGGGUUAAUGUAUUGGUCACUGGUAAUGCUAGUGGAGGAAUUGGUCUGAACAGUUUUCGUGCAGCCAUGACGGGCGAGUGAAUAAAUAAGAUCGUUUUUUUUGCAAAAUAUAUGACUAUAUUUCGUUCUCCAAAAAUUACAUACAAAUUACAGGAAUGUGUGGUGUACACUGACUGAACGGUUAAUGAGUACAUAACUUGACGUCGCUUGGCUUUCACAUACAAAAUAAGCCUACUUACAUUUACAUACAUAAUUUCCAUGAUAAAUUUCAUUUAGCGUGAACAGUUUUAAAAAACCAACAAAUAUGUUAUACUUUUUUUUAUAAUAUAGUAAUUUUUUGUCAAUGAGUUAAUCUUUUUGUUAUCAAUUCCAACAACAAUUAAUUUUACAUACAAUAUUAUUCAUGCAACAAUCCUUUAUAUGGAUUUAAUUGAUCAAGUUCGUUCACUUCAGUUUAAAUACAUAAUACGUAUUCAUUGUCUUAUUUUUAUCUUUGCCACAAUCUUUAGCCUAGACGUUCAAUUGACAGCCUAACCGUUAUGUAGCGAGAAAAAUUUCAAGAUUUUGUGGGUAAGUACGGCACUACCCCAGCCCAAAAACCUGUCCUUGCUAUCAAUCAGUCAUCAUGUGUAACUGUGGUCAAACAUAAGCACGACAAAAUUAGAUUAGCAACUUCACAUAGGCUAUUCUGGUUACAGAUAACUUAAUUAUUCAAAGUCUCCAUAUGCAGAGGCCUUUGUUUUACGUUUUAAGUAUUCGAAACGAGUAUGCGUUCGGCACUGUGAUUGGCCGGCGCCAAUGAACCAACCAAUACAGGAUAAUUAUGAAAAAAUGUUAAGCUGUCCCUUGAAAGGUUUAUUGACUGUGAUGUGACAUCGAUAAAACAUCUAGCAAUACUUUGAUUGCAUUGUUUGUUGCAAGUUCUUGUUACACAUUAAAUACAAUAAUAAUCCUA